UUUCGUUCUUUCAAAAAGUUGUUUUCACUCCGACGUUGACUGUACCCGGUUUAUCAUGCUUGCAGCCGGUCGAAUUUUUCGUCUGCUAGUUUCAGAUAUAAGAGUAAAGACACCUUAGUUCUUGAAACAGGACUGUUAAACUGCUUGGGAUGAUCAACUUUUGAAUAUUUCUUGUUUAAUUGGUGCACGGAGACAGCAUAGUGAGAUCAUGGCGCUAUUGUUUUGGUUUUUGAAAUUCACAUCGACUUGGCUAAAAAAAUGCUCUCUGUGUAGACAAAAGUGGAGCUGUCUGCCUAUCUGAAGUCAUAUUGCUCCAAAAGGGCAAUAACACCUGGCAUUUAAUUGUUUUAAUUGAAGCAGUUGGGGCGGAUCCAGAGAUAUUUUCUGACAGUCUUCCACAUUAUCUUUGGUGAUCCAUCCUCCAUUUUUUGACCGUCUUCCGACGGAAAAAAUUAGGUACUCAUCAAUAUAAACUAAGAAAUUUGACCGUCUUCCAGAAGACCCAGAAGACCGCCUCAAUCCGCCCCUGGUCUGCAGUCAAGCAUGUCUACUCUCCUUGGAGGCUUGCAUCUCAAGCAGCUGAAAAUCUUAAACCUGAUUAUUUUGAGCAAAACACAGGUCAGCAUGGAAGAAGACGAUGGCAGUACAUGUUUGUUGGAGCAGAAAGUAGUUCCAAGUACAUCAAGCACAGAUCAACAGGUGAUCAGCCUACUGUUACAGACCCAAGCGAAUGGUUCUGGAGCAGGAGGCCAGGAAGGCCAGCUACAAACUGUCACCUUACCAGAUGGGACCACGGCCAUCAUACAGCAAGGGAUAUCAAAGGAUGCCCGUUUGGUAGCUGGGGAGACUGUUCAGUUGUCAGAUGGAACCACAGCAGUAGUGCAAGCAGUGACAGAAAAGACGGAAGAUGGAUCUGGUGACCAGUUGCGUUUUGAAGAGGGCCAGGCAGUGCAAUUAGAAGAUGGCACCACUGCUUACAUUCACCAUACACCCAAAGGCAGCACAGAAGGUUUGCAUGCUAUACAGUUGGAAGAUGGCACCACUGCAUACAUUGCCCAAGGAGCCACCGAGAAUCUUUUUGCAGAGGGAGCCAGUACAAUUGAUCCAACGUCUGGACUUGGACUUGACCAGUUUGGACAACAGGAAGUUCAGCAGGGUCUUGGUGUUGGCCCAGGUGUGGUCACAUCCCAAGAGGAGAAAGAUGGACAAACUAUUGUGACUGUGGUACAGGAUGGGCAGAACACAUUGGCAAGGGGCUUCAAGUGUAACUAUGAAGGUUGUGGGAGAAUUUAUACCACCCAACAUCACUUAAAGGUGCAUGUACGGACACAUACAGGUGAUAGACCUUUCAGGUGUGAAUUCAAAGGCUGUGACAAGGCCUUUGCUACAGGUUAUGGUCUUAAGAGUCAUCUGCGUGUACAUACUGGUGAAAAACCAUAUAAAUGUCCUGAGGAACUGUGUGAUAAAGCCUUCAAGACUUCCGGUGAUUUGCAGAAACAUGUCCGAACACAUACAGGAGAGAGACCAUUCAAGUGUCCAUUCGAAGGUUGUGACCGCUCUUUUACCACAUCUAACAUUCGUAAAGUUCACAUCCGAACCCACACAGGAGAACGUCCAUACAUCUGUAAUGAGGCAGGAUGUGGGAGAUCUUUUGCCAGUGCCACCAAUUACAAGAAUCAUAUAAGGAUACACACAGGAGAGAAGCCCUAUGUAUGCACAGUGCUCGGGUGUGGAAAACGUUUCACAGAAUACAGUAGUCUGUACAAACACCAUGUUGUCCAUACACAUAACAAGCCUUAUGUGUGCAACCACUGUGGGAAGACAUACAGGCAGACGUCCACUUUGGCCAUGCACAAGAGAACAGUCCAUGGGGAGGAUGGGGAUGUAGUGGAAGGGGAGCAGAUCUUGGUCCAGCAGGGUAUGGGGGGUGGAAGUGAAGAGCAACCUCCAGAGAAGAGGGCCCGUAUACAGUUCAGCUUACCAGCCCAGGAAGGUAGUGUUCAGCAGGUGGUUGAAGAAGGUGCCACACAGGAAGAUGGGGAGGGCAAUUUGGUGAUCAACACAGCAGAUACUCAGCAGAUCACCAUUGUAAGUUCUGAGGGAAUGACCUAUAUCAGCCACUCUCUGCCUAGUGCUGGGCAGGCCGCCCCCCAGGUUACUCAGGCCUCUAUUACUCAGCUGACCCCUGGGGUGACCCCAGGGGAACAGAUCUUUGUAGUCACAGACCCUGCUCAACUGGAACUGCUAAAGCAAUUAUGUCAGCAGAAUCAACCACCCCCAUUUCCAGACCAGUCUCAAACUCUGCAGCAGCAGCAGCAACAACAACAGCAACAACAACAACACGAGAGCACAGAUCUUGUGGCUGCUGACAGUGUGGUUGUCCACAGUGGGGUGACUCCAGCCCAGUCAUCAGCAGAGCCCACACAGGACACUCUGGGGGUUGUCAUAGACACGAGGGGUGAAACCUCAACAGAAUCUGUAGUGGUGGCCACUUCUGCCAGUGACACUGCAAUUGAUGCAGUAGAAAGUCUCACUGGUUUUACUGAAGACUAGGCUUAGUAAAUUAAAAAAAUAAUAAUAAUAAACAUGCACAGCAGCAAAGAAAGUAUCUGGGUAUUCUUGGAUAACUUGAAUGUGAAAACUAAAAAACUGAUGUAACUGUUUAAACUUGAACAUAUCGGAAAAAUAAAUAAAACAUGUCUUAU